GAGAGAAGAGAGAGAGAGAGAGAGAGAGUGAGUGUGGCUAUGAAGAAGAAGGUGCAGAGGAAGUUCAAGAUGAGAGGUUACACUCUCAAAGUGGACGCCCUCGACGCCGUCAUCUCCUUCGCCUCCCGCUUCUCCGGCGCCGAGGACGACGCCCUCGACCUCCUCCUCGAUCAGCUCGAGCACGAAUCUCUGAAAUCUUCGAUAAUCGACAAAGAUCCAGUGAAUCGGGUGGUGAAUCUUUUACUGGAAGCAGAAGCCGCGGUUGAGGAAAGCCCUAAUGCAGCUUGCGAUGGCCGGGGAUCUGCAUUUCGCGUGAUCGACGCCUUCUUGGUUCCCAAGUUUCAUUAUGAUCCAGUCAAGAAGAUUUUUUAUGAGCACACUGGAAGCCUGCCCAUUCAUGGUGAGGCCUCUGCGAAAGCGAAGCUGUAUAAGGAUAGGUUUCUGCUGCUCUAUCAGAGACUCUCUCGUGAUCAGCAUUUCGCGAAGCCUGCGUUUGAAACUGACACAACCGAUUUUGGAAGUUGCGAGAUAUCUCCAAUCCAAUCUCUUGUGGGGCAAACUGGACGGAGAUGGGUAAUGGGUGUGAUUUCUCAGUUGGAGGAUGGCCAUUUCUACUUGGAAGACCUCACUGCCUCUGUAGAGAUCAAUUUGUCCGAUGCAAAGAUAACGACAGGUUUCUUUACUGAGAAUACCAUAGUUGUAGCAGAAGGUCAGAUGCUGCUGGAGGGGAUUUUUAAGAUCUUUACGUGUGGAUUUCCUCCUUUAGAAGACCGAGAUAAGUCUCUGAAAGCACUUUCGGGGCUUGAUUUUUUUGGAGGAGGUACACUAACCAAAGAGGAGACUCUCAGACUUGCAGAAUCAGAAAAAAGAGCAGUUAAUGACAUGUUCAUCGUCAUGUCUGAUGUUUGGCUAGACAAUGAAGAGGCUAUGGGAAAACUAGAGACAGUCCUCGAUGGUUUUGAGAAUGAGGAGGUAGUUCCUUCAUUGUUUGUGUUUAUGGGAAACUUUUGCUCUCGACCCUGCAACCUUUCUUUCCAUUCCUACAGUAGCAUCAGAGUGCAGUUCGGCAAGCUUGGGAAGAUGAUUGAAUCCCAUCCACGUCUGAAGGAGCAUAGUCGGUUUUUGUUUAUUCCAGGCCCUGAGGAUGCAGGUCCCUCAACAGUUUUACCUAGAGGUGCUUUGCCCAGAUAUAUCACAGAAGAGUUUCAGAAUCACAUUCCAAAUGCCAUAUUUGCAAGCAAUCCUUGCAGAAUCAAGUUCUACACCCAAGAAAUCGUAUUUUUCCGCCAGGAUUUGCUAUACAGGAUGCGUCGCUCAUGUCUGAUGCCUCCCUCCACAGAAGAAACGAGUGAUCCUUUUGAGCAUUUAGUUGCUACGAUAACGCAUCAGAGUCAUCUAUGCCCUCUCCCACUUGUCGUGCAACCAGUAAUUUGGAAUUACGAUCAUACUCUCCAUCUAUAUCCGACUCCACACACGAUAGUUUUAGGCGACAAGAGCGAGCAGAAGGCAUUCAGUUACACAGGAAUCACUUGCUUCAAUCCUGGUUCUUUCUCAAAUGAUGGCACCUUUGUUGCUUAUCGCCCUUGUACUCGAGAAGUUGAGUUAUCGGCCUUACCAGCAUAAGGGAUCCUAACAACACAGUAUUUAUCAGCCGACCACCUUCAUCCGAGGACCAGAAAAGCUAACUUGUUCUUAGUGUACCGUUUGUGGAAAAUAACCAAGUCACUUGUGUACAGAAUUGGUAGGGUAUGCAGAGAGCCUUUUUGGCCACUGGCCAUGCGGACAUUCAAAGAUGUAUUCAUAGCAUUCCAGCCGAAGAAUAAGUCAAAACUUUUCUUUGCUUCAUUUGUACCAUCUUCCAUAUCGUGAUAGGCAUUCGUGAAAUACUUCCAAGG